AUGAGUGAUAUUCUUCUACCAGGUUUUAGGUUUUAUCCUACAGAAGAAGAAGUGAUUUCUUUCUAUCUGCUUAGUAAGAUACAAGGCAAAGGGCAAGAACUGGACAGGGUUAUACCAGUUGUUCACAUUUAUGAUUACAGUCCAUGGGAUCUCCCACAAUAUGCUGGAGAGCUUUGUCGAGGAGACCCUGAGCAGUGGUUUUUCUUCUUACCAAAGCAAGAAAGGGAAGCACGAGGAGGAAAACCUAAUCGGCUUACUACGGAAGGAUAUUGGAAAGCCACCGGCUCACCGGGGGACGUGUACUCGUCAAAUGGAGUUGUUAUUGGUAGGAAGAGAACAAUGGUUUUCUACGAAGGAAGAGCUCCUAAUGGAAGAAAGACUUCAUGGAAGAUGAAUGAGUAUAAAGCCAUUGAAUUAGGUGAAGCUUCAUCAUCUAUGCAGAUAAUUGAAGAAUUCAGUUUAUGCCGACUCUACAAAAACUCAAAAUGCAUAAGGUCGUUUGACAGGCGACCAUCGCAGGAGGCAGAAGGUGUUCAGCCCGUGAUGCACCACCAGCAUGAUCACAAUAACGAGGCAACAACAUCUGAACAAAACCACAAUGCAGUAUCAGAUAUUUUUUCAUAUAACAUUUCAUCCUCAGAAGACCAUGCUGCUAAUUCUGUUAACAACUGGGAUGAUAUUACGGCUAUUGGCAAUGUACCCUUGUGGGACUGGGACCAAUUGAACAGCCUUUUGUAUGAUUAA